ACACAACGCGGUGUGUCAAAAAAUAAAAAAAUAAAUUUGUUUCACUUAUAUAUUUACUAAAAAACAAAUAAUAAUUAUUUUUAAUUGUUAAUAAUAAUAAAUAAACAAUGGGCGAAGAAGACAGUGCUCAAAUAAUCGGAAUUCCUGAUGAACUUUGCAUGAAAGCAGGAAUGUCUGCAACUUGGAGAAGUGGAAAUAAACUUGGAGUAUUUGCACACAAACAUAUGAGUGUUAAUUCAGAUGAUAAAAAAAGUAAUUUUCAUCCUUGUGAUUCACAAGUUUAUUUUUUACAACCUGAGGUCAUACUAUUUUCUCCAAUUUUACGUAAAUUAGUUAAUGAAAGUAAUGGAGUAUUUAUAUCAAUUCGAAAAAUAAAAUCAUUAAAUACUGGUGAAAUAAGACCAGAAUUAGUUAAACACAGUAAACAAUAUAGAUCAAUAUUACGUGCAUGUGUUGAAAGUUUACAAGAUGAUAUUGAAAAAAUAAAUAAUCAAGAACAAAAAUUAAUAACACAAAAUUAUUUAACAAUUUUUUAUAAUAUUGAAUGUGUUUGGCAUUUAACUGAGAUACUUUAUGUCAAUACAAUACCAGGUGAUGUUAUUGUUCCACAAUUUGUUGAAUGGAUUAGAUUUCAUUUUCCAUCACGUGGUUUAAUGGCAAUGAAAAUACUUGCUAAAAAAACAAUUGGUGCUGAAGAAACAAAUAGUAAUUAUUGGGAAUCAGUUAUUGGUUGUGCAUUACAUGGUAAAUUAGAUGCAGUACGUGCAUUAUUAUUAUUACAUAGUAAAGCUGAUGAUCAAGCAUUUAUAACUGCUGAUAAUAUACUACGAACAAUGCCAAUUUAUAAUGUUUAUGGUGGUUAUUCAAUUAAUGAAUUUACAAUGAGAUGGAAACAUUGGCAGUUGGAUUUAUCAUCAAAUCUCGAGUGUAAAACUUUUAUUGUUGAUCAUAAUUUAGAAAAACUCAUGAUGCUUGUUUCUGGUGAUGAGUCAGUACUUUGGGAUUAUGCAUCUGAAUAUACUGAAGCAUGGUAUGAAUUAUUAGCAGCAAAAUUAUUAUAUUCAUCACCGUGUUGUAAACAAGCUGAGCUAUCAAGACAUGCUAAUAAUAUUGCUGAUAAAUGGCCAGCAAAUCGUAAUUUAGAUCAAACAAUAUUAGCACUUAUGGAAAGUGAUUUACAUCAAGUUAUCAAAGAAAUACAAUAUAUGAAUGAUAAUGGAUGGUUUGCUGCUCAUUUAACUGAUUUAUUAUAUAAUUGUGAACAAUUAAAUAUCAUUGAUAAAAAUCAAAUAAAUGUUACUGAUUUAUUGCAUGAAUCAUUGAUACUUGAUUAUGCAACAACACUCAUGAAUAAUUCAUCACUUUGGCAAUGUGGUGCUAGUUAUUUAGAAUAUUGUCCAAAUCAAGGUAUGACAAGAUUAGAAUUAUUGCUACAAACAAUACCACUUGAUAGUGAAGCUAAAAUUAAAAAAAUUAUUGAUCUUGCUAAAAAAAAUAAUAUGAAUAAUGUUGUUGCAAGUAUAUGUAAAAUUCAAGGAAUUAAAUGUAUUAAAAAAAAUAGAUUGGGUAAUGCAUUGGCAUGGGCAUUGAAAGCACAAGAUGGUCCAUUUGCAACAUACAUUGCUGAUAAAUUUUUAAAUAAAUAUGCUGAAACUGGAGAAUUAGAAUGUCGUGAUCUUUUAGAAAAUCUUGGAGCUUCAAUGUUGACUAGUGAUAGAUUAACAUUCCUUGGAAAAUAUUGUGAGUUUCAUCAAAUGUAUGAAAUUGGAGAAUUUAAAGAAGCAGCUAGACUUUUAGUUUCACUGAUUAUCUCAAAUCUUACACCAAAAUACUUUUGGUCAAUAUUAUUGACUGAUGCAAUACCUCUUUUGGAAGCCGAGGAUAUUAUUUUAUCAAGUGAUGAUACAUUUACACUUAUGAGUUGUGCUGAGGAACAUGGUGAUGAUCCAAAAUUUGAGGAUAAACUUGAAAUAUUUAGAUAUGCUGUGGCAAGAAAUUUAGCAAGAGCUUUGAAUUUUGAAGGUUGCCAAAUUUAAUUAUAAUAAUUACAAUAAAAAUCAUGAUAAAUUUAAAAAUUUGUAUUUUUUAUAUCGUAAUUAUUUGUUAAAUAAUAAUAUAAUUAAUAAAUAAUUUGAUAAAUUU